AUGCACUCGCACUACGCAGACGAUCUGCGCGCGUUCCACGGCGAGGCGGACUACUACGAAUGGGAGCAGAAGGACGUUGUUGGCGUCGGUGGUUCCGCGAUGCAACCACAGCCUGGAUUGAACGCGGGGUAUGAGACGGGUAUGCAGUACUAUGGAGCGAACCACACGGGUACUGAUGGGCCGUCCGCGAACACGUCUAACUUUACACCGUCCCCUGCGUCGAACAAUUCUCCCAUCCUUCACUAUACACCCUGGACGACGCCGUCCCCGACAUACUCCCAGAGCCUCUCCCCGUCCCCUCGCCCUACUACGCCUGAGGGUCAGAGUCAGAUUGCCAACAUUCUGAUGGGCGCCAUCUUGAGGGGCGAAGACGUGGACCUCAAUCGUCCAAUUUUCACCGAGGAGACCCUUCGCCGUCGCGACCCUAUCCUUUUCCGGUCAAUGCAGAGACCUAUACCAGCUCCUCCUCGCCACCACAACCACAACUCCAGGAACGUGCGCGCCGCGCCGUAUCCCACGGAGAGGCCUCAGGCUGCCGCCCCUGGCGCAGACCUGGGAGCAAACAACAAUACCACAUCAACUAGCGUCACCCUCAUGGGAGGUGCCCACGCGCGCGACGCAAGCGGAGUGGCGUCGCCGCAACCCAGUGCAACGCAGGCAACGACGAGCUCGUCGGAAGUCGUACCCUAUGGAGAUUGGAUGGAGAACGACCCCGACUACGACCUGAUAUGCUGGCAGCCGGGCUGCACCGCGCCCACCAAGACGAAGCGUUUUGGACGACCUCGCUUCUCUGAUUUAGGAGCCAAAACGCGCCAUGCGAAGACCCACGUCGUGCGCGGCAAGCUCUUAACCUGUCCAACCUGCCAGAAACCCUUCAAAAGCGACCGUCCGGGGUCUUUGAAGCGGCAUCAGCAGUCGAAUGGGGGACGGGCCUGCAUCAAUUAUCUCGCUAGGAUGGCGAAGGAGGCGGCUAUGAAUGGCACCGUGACGCCGCCCGACGAUCAUCCCUCCGGCUUACAGAAGCACGACGACGGCGACGACAGCGACGACGAUCCUGGCUUUGGUGGGUUCGGAGGUGGGUCGAUGGCCAUGGCGCAGUUGUCGUCGAUGCAAGCUGGCCCUUCCCGCCUGGCGUACUAG